GGCCCGGGCCGGCGGGGCCGGCGACAUGGAGCCACUGUACCAACCCACGCACAAGCAGGUCCACGAGAUCCAGUCUCACAUGGGACGCCUGGAGACGGCAGACAAGCAGUCUCUGCACUUAGUAGAAAAUGAAAUCCAAGCAAGCAUAGACCAGAUAUUCAGCCAUCUAGAACGUCUGGAGAUUUUGUCCAGCAAGGAACCCCCUAACAAAAGACAGAAUGCCAAACUUCGAGUUGACCAGUUAAAGUAUGAUGUCCAGCACCUGCAGACUGCUCUCCGAAACUUCCAGCACCGACGCUAUGCCAGGGAGCAGCAGGAGAGACAGCGAGAGGAGCUUCUGUCUCGUACCUUCACCACUAAUGACUCUGCCACCACCAUACCAAUGGACGAAUCACUGCAGUUUAACUCCUCCCUCCACAACAUUCACCACGGCAUGGAUGACCUCAUUGGAGGCGGGCACAGUAUUCUGGAGGGACUGAGGGCCCAGAGACUGACCUUGAAGGGGACUCAGAAAAAGAUCCUUGAUAUUGCCAACAUGCUGGGCUUAUCUAACACGGUGAUGCGACUCAUUGAGAAGAGGGCUUUCCAGGACAAGUACUUCAUGAUCGGCGGGAUGCUGCUCACCUGUGUAGUCAUGUUCCUCGUGGUGCAGUACCUGACUUGAGCUGGCCACACCCAGUGGCUGGACAUUGUUCCCACUGCGAGACUGUGUGAUUGUGAGUGUGUGCACGUAAGAGAGAGAAGGGCCUAGAGGCCACCUUUUGAAAUGUAUGCCUGACUUAACUG